AUGGUGGUCCAGAUCAAGGUCAACGAGCUGAGUAUUGGGGUAGCCGUGCUGUACAACCCGUCGUGUACAAAUCCAAACUUCAGCCAGCACUACGAGAAGGUCCUGCUCGACAUGCUGGAUUUUGGCUUCGACAGGACGUACAUAGUCGGAGACUUCAACAUCAAUGUGGCGGCAGGCUCGCCGUCAGCGAAAGCAACGUCGGUCAGCAAUAUCUCCGAUCACGAAGUCGUUUAUCUGGUUGCCGACAUUCGGGUACAUCGCACGUGUCAACGGACGAUUCGUGCACGAAAUUUUCGUAACAUCGACCAGCUGCAGCUGCAGGCGGACUUCCAGGCCAAGGAUCUUCGACGACUUUUUGGGUCGGCGGACAUAAACGAGAAGGCUACGGUGUUGAACUCGGAGCUGACCUCCUUGCUGGACGCGCACGCUCCUGAGCGAACCGUUACCAUUCGAGACGAACGGACGCCGUGGAUCACCCAGCAGAUCAAAGAAGCCGUUGAGUUGAGAAAUCUGGCUCUCAAGCUCUACGCACGCAACCCGAACAGAACAAGAGGCGACGUCCAGUGGCUUGAUUUCGAGCGCAAACGAGACCGCGCGAGCUCUUUGAUCUUCGCAGCGAAAAAGCGAUAUGCAGAGCUCAACUUUUCGCACGAUCUCCCGGCAAAGAAACUGUGGUCGAAUCUGAAGCGAGAUGGUAUCCACAACUCAACAAAGCAGUGCUCAUCGUCAGCAGAUAUCAGCGCGGACGAGUUGAACAACUUCUUUUCGGACGGUCACCGUCGACUGGGACCUGCUGCAACCCAACGAAGCGCACCAAGAGCACCUAAUCACAGAACAGCGAUUGAUCACGGUGCAAACGGGUUCAGUUUUCGCCAUACCAGCGUGGAGGAAAUCUGCAGGAAGAUCUUCGAGAUCGACACGAACGCAACCGGAACAGAUGGUAUCCCUAUCUCGUUCCUCAAGAUGCUGUGCCCGUUCAUUCUGCCAGUACUCUGCCAUCUGUUCAACGCCAUCAUCGACUCUCGGACUUUCCCUGCGCUGUGGAAAACGGCGAUCGUGACCCCCAUCCCGAAAACGUCCAACCCAGCUCUGCCAAAAGACUACCGCCCUAUCAGUGUUCUGCCUGCCGUUUCCAAAGUGCUAGAAAAGAUCCUGCUCAACCAGAUCACCGAACACUUGGAUAACCCAAACAACCGCCUACUAGCGCGCAACCAAUCCGGCUACAGAAAGGGCUACGGAACAACAACUGCUUUGGCAAAGGUCACCCACGACAUCUACGGCAACCUGGACGCGGGUCGCUGCACGGCUAUGGUGCUGGUGGAUUUUUCGCUGGCCUUCAACUGUGUCGACCAUCACCUGCUGGCAGCCAAACUCAACCGAGAAUUUCAGUUCUCCGGGCCUGCUUGUGAGUUGGUUUCGUCGUUUCUGCGAGGAAGGAAGCAAUCGGUCCGGCACGGCAGUGCGCUAUCUGCGGUGCGAGAGGUUACAGAUGGUACUCCCCAGGGUCCUGUCUAA